UUUCGGAUUUCCAGGCAAGACCUCAGCUCCCGCGGCAGCAUCAGACAGGCUCAUCUCCCAGCCGCUGCGCCCCGAGGAGGCGCGGAGAGUCUCGGCCGCCGCUGAGCCGCCCCCGGCGCCCGGGGCCCGCGCAGCCCCAGCCAAGAGCGCGGUGCGCGCAGCCCUGUCACCCCUCGCCCAAGGCAGGGGCGGCUGCUCGGACUUCGGCUUCUCGGGGGGCGGGAGGCCAGCUGGGGAGGUGUCUGCAGCCCUCGCCCUUCUCGCGGCCUCGGCGGCUGGAACCUUGGCCGCCGCCUCCUGUGUGCCCUCGCUGCCCCGCGCGACCCCAGGAUUGCGAACUCGUGCCCCUGACCUGUUGGGCGGGGCUCCGCGCUCCUGCCCUCGGCCCGCAUGGGUCUCCCGGCUGGGACUCGGGCCACCUGGAGUUAAUGUCCAACUGGGGGUCUGCGGAGACCGGAUCCGAGGUGCCGCCGUCGGACGGGACUCUAAAAUGAAGUUAUGGGAUGUCGUGGCUGUCUGCCUGGUGCUGCUCCACACCGCGUCCGCCUUCCCGCUGCCCGCCGGUAAGAGGCCUCCCGAGGCGCCCGCCGCCGAAGACCGCUCCCUCGGCCGCCACGCGCCCUUCGCGCUGAGCAGUGACUCAAAUAUGCCAGAGGAUUAUCCAGAUCAGUUUGAUGAUGUCAUGGAUUUUAUUCAAGCCACCAUUAAAAGACUGAAAAGGUCACCAGAUAAACAAAUGGCGGUGCUUCCUAGAAGAGAGCGGAAUCGGCAGGCUGCAGCUGCCAACCCAGAGAAUUCCAGAGGAAAAGGUCGAAGAGGCCAGAGGGGCAAAAAUCGAGGCUGUGUCUUAACAGCAAUACAUUUAAAUGUCACUGACUUGGGUCUGGGCUACGAAACCAAGGAAGAACUGAUUUUUCGGUACUGCAGCGGCUCUUGUGAUGCAGCGGAGACAAUGUAUGACAAAAUACUAAAAAACUUAUCCAGAAGUAGAAGGCUAGUGAGUGACAAAGUAGGGCAGGCCUGUUGCAGACCCAUUGCCUUCGAUGAUGAUCUGUCAUUUUUAGAUGAUAACCUGGUUUACCAUAUUCUAAGAAAGCAUUCCGCUAAAAGGUGUGGAUGUAUCUGACUCCAGCUCCAGAGACUGCUGUAUUGCAUUCCUGCUACAGUGCAAAGAAAGGGACCAAGGUUCCCAGGAAAUGUUUGCCCAGAAGGGAAGAUGAGGACCAAGGAGGCAGAGGUGGAGGAGGAAGAGGAGAAGGAGGAGGAAGGCAGCCAUUGUGGGAGCCUGGUAGAGGGAGGUCCAGCUAUAGAAAACUGGAUGGGAGAGAGAAAACAGCCAUCUGGGUUCUCCAGGACAGCAGCCAAUGUCUCCAGAAGGUCAGGGCUGGUGUCCCUGGUUGGCUGUUUCAUCAUUUCUUCUGAUACAGUCCACUGUCACCAACCACAGUCGGAGUCACGAAUGCACUCAAAGAACCAAACCAGUGUAUCUCCUGUGGUUCAUUUUCACAUGUCUGAGAACACCAAGGAAGCAAUGAGCCUGGUGUCACUCCUUGUCAUUAUGUUCUACUGCUGAAAGUAAGAAAGGUGUAUUUUUCUGUCACUCGAUGGAUUCAUACCCUGGAAAGGAGAGGGGGGAAAAUAGCGGAGACACAAAAGAUAAUAACCUCUGAACUUUAAAGCUGAGGCCUGAGGUUGACUACAACCAGUGUUUUGGGGAACGGUUGGUGAUUAAUUUUGAACAUUGCAUGUGGGGUGGGAAGAAGUUGGCUAGGAAUGAAAAAAAAGCUGUCUUCAUGAUGAAAAACAAACCUGAAGGCAUUUCCUUUAUGUCCUCAGAAACAGGAAGCGAUUGCGGUGUUCGACAGCAUUCUCCUAGGAGAGCAAGCAGGGAAGGCCCCAGCUGCCCUAGGCCAGGGAGACCCACCCCAGGGCCUUCAGUUUACAGAGAGACAGAUGUUACAUACCCAGCUCCGUUUAUGCAUGGUCACCAGUGACCAGAGAAGCUACUCGAUGCAAUGCAUCUGUUUCAGAUACAGAAAUAUAGAGAAGAUAUUUAUUGAGAUUUAAGUUAUUGUUAUUUAUUACCAUUCACUAAUGAAUUUCUCUUUUUUUCCCCUUAUUUAUUAAAGUUUCUUUGCAAAGGUGCCAAAGUAUAUAUGCUCGCAAAAUGCAAAGAAGGGUGACAAAAGGAAAUUUUAAUUGGGAACAAGGGUCCAUGCUUUUCAAAGUAUUAAAAAAGUUUUCUCUAGGCAAAAAUCACUUACUUUACCUUUUUAAAAAAAUUCCUCAUUAAUUACCCCAGAUUUCAGUCUUUCUCCCUGUUUGUAUUUGUUUAAGCAUGUCAAAAGGAGCACCUCCAGGUUGGCCCCCUUUCCGGGAGCACUGUGCAGAGACCAUUGGCACUUGGCUUCAUUUCUUCGCUGCUCCUGCAUGGAACAGAUAUGCCAUAUGCUCCACUCUCUGUUGUAUUUAAGCUCUUCCUCCCCUCCACAUGUAUCUACCUGUAAUAUGCAUAACCAUAUAUAUAAAAGGUAAAAUUCCUGUAGUAGAUAGUCCUGGAUUUAAUGUUGACCUAAAAGCAAAGUGAAGGACCCUGCCUGUCAGGCAGCCAGGGUUUUGCCCUAACCUGUGGUGUCUCUUCCUCCAUCACUGCCAUCCACCACCGCCUUCCCAAGAAACAUGGGUGCACAGUGAAGCCAGCACCAUACUGAUGCCUGCUCCCCUGUGAGCCCCUUGGCUGUUGCCUGGGGUCAACUCUUGCAGCACCUGCUCACCUGAAGGCUUCCUGGGGAGAAGGCGGCUAAGAAGGAUGGACAAGGAAGAGGCACGUGGCCCAGCCACAGUGUACACACACUAGGCCUCACUCCUAGCAUAGGAUACCUCUUUGAUGAAAGAGCUCAGGGGCAGGAAACACAGAGUAGGAGCAACUGCCACCUCCGUGGCCCUAUGUGAAUUUGUGUGGCAGCCAACCUAUGGGUGAUGACCAGGCCCAGUGUUAGAGCUAAUUACACAUACAAUAAAAGGGCUUUUUAUCCAGGAGCUAAUCUAUCACUACCUAAGUGGCUAUUGGCCACAAAAGUAGUACACAUUUAGCACUUAUAAUCUACUGGCCUCCCUCAAAUAAUUAUGUUAUUUUUGCAGAGUAACCAAGAAGCAGUUACCAGGUAUCUUCCCCACCCAUUGCCCCCAAAGACCCAAGUUCUCCAUUGUUCUGUCCCUCUUUGUCCUUUCUGUUACCCUCACGUGACAGGGAAAUAGAGGAAAAGGGUUUCUGUCACCCUCUCCUGCUCAGAGCAGUGACAUCCCCAGCUAUCUAGCACAAUUUGGAUGUUGCCCCAAAUUCAGAGAAUCCUGACAGAUGUAGUGGCUGAUCUUCCCAGUUUUCAACCUCAGCCCCAGCACCCCACAGAGUCCCUGCCCAAAGAGGCUGCAGGGUUCAGUGGGUGUCUACAACUUGUUCCCAGCAUCACCUUAACAUCAUAAGCAGGUUCUGAUGGAAGCAAAUUGCUCCACAAAAUCCACAAAAGGGUAAAGUUUGUGAUUUUUCUUAAUCAUUGUGAUUAUCAUCAGAUACAGUAAGGAGUGCACUUCUUUGGAAGUUCUGACUUCUCUGAUCUGUCUUGGUCAUUUGUGUUAUACAACCAAA